AUGUCAAACGAGGGAACCAACACCGUAUUGAAAAACCCCGGUUCGAACCAGGAGGAAGCCGAUCCAGACAGCCCUUCGUCGCUCGGUGACAAAUCAAAACUGGACGAGCUGGCUGAUUCGACAUCCGAUGGAAGCCAAGCAAAUUCUGGUCGUGGAAUUGCCUUCUGGGCCAUUUUCAUCAGCUUGUCCGUAACGGGCUUUCUAAGCUCAAUGGAAGGCGGUAUCAUGUCCACGGCCCUGCCAGCAGUCUCACGAGCUGUCAAUGCCGAAAGCGAUUACGUUUGGAUAAUCAACGUUUAUUUUCUGACCAGUGCGGCUUUUCAGCCUUUAUACGGUCAACUGGCUGAUAUCUGGGGCAGAAGAUGGCCAAUGUUAUCCGCGGUUACUAUUUUCGCCGCCGGGUCCGCCAUUUGCGGUGCCGCAAACAAUUCAGGGACUCUUAUUGGGGGACGAGCGAUCCAAGGCCUUGGCGCUGCGGGGAUCAACACCUUGGUCGAGCUUAUACUCUGCGACCUCCUACCUUUGCGCGAGCGUGGACAGUUCAUGGGUCUCCUGUUCCUGUUCAUCGUCGUCGGCUCCGUGCUCGGUCCAAUGUUGGGCGGAAUCAUCGUCGACAAAACAUCCUGGAGAUGGAUCUUUUUUAUAAACCUACCAAUUUGCGCCCUCUGCUUUGGCCUCCUCUUCUUUGCCCUCAACCUCAAACACCGACGCGACGACAAUUCGACAUCCCUCCAAAAGCUCAAAAAGAUCGACUUUGUUGGCGUGCUGAUUUUGUGCGUUGCCGUCACGUUGCUUAUAUACGCACUUACGUAUGGCGGCGGGGCAAAAUACGCGUGGUCACAUCCAGUCAUCAUUACAACGCUGGUGCUAGGAAUUUUUGGCCAUGGCUUAUUUAUAGCCUUCGAAGCAUCACCCUGGUGCUCGAAUCCCACAACACCUUUGACGCUAUUCCAAAACAGAACAUCCGUCGCGGCUUAUACACUUGAAGCUGUUCAAAUUCUAGUAUCCUGGGGAGCGCUUUAUUUCCUACCGCUUUACUUCCAAUCGGUAUUGGCUCUUACCCCUUCAAGGUCUGGAGUUCUGAUAUUGGCCUUUUCCAUUUCGUAUUGUUUAUCGGCUGCAAUUGGGGGCGGCUUGGUUACGAAACUUGGAAAAUACCGCCUUGUACACAUCAUCAGUUUUGCCAUUAUGACCAUCAUGAUGGGUGUCUUUACGAUAUUGAACCGCAAUUCCUCCCUGGCCGUCAAUGUUAUUCUUGGCCUGAUUGCCGGUGUAGGCGUUGGUCUUCCCAACGCUUCGAUCUUGACAGCGGUUCAAGCCUCUUUACCGGAUUCACUGAACGCUGCGAGUACCGCACUUUUCGCCUUUAUUCGAAGUCUUGCGACAGUUUUUGCCGUCACGAUCCCGGCGGCAAUUUUUAACAGCCGAUUCGACGACCUGCUUUCUACCUCGGCUUUGGAUAAUGACGUCAAGAACAGCCUGGACUUGGGCAAGGCAUAUCAGCAAGCAUCGCCAGACUUUCUUCAUUCCUUCCCCGCUCCAGUCCAGGACCAGAUUGUCGGCCUGUACGAGCUAAGUUUGAAGCUCGUCUGGCAGGUCUUGAUCGGUAUCGCAGCUGUUGGCGUUAUCGCAUCGCUUCUUGAAAAGGAUUUGGAAUGCCGCACAGAGCAAACGACCGAGGAAUUCGGUUUGAAGGACCGAGACGAAAAGGCGCCCAAAAAGAGCGAGGUGUAG